AUGUCGGCAAGCAAAACGGAAAAUUUGAAUCUGUUGGGAUUUCGGUGGUGCGCACGCGCUCAGUGGCGGACGACCCGUGAUGAGAGAUGUCAUGCCAGUUCUCCGGACCCAGAUUCACAUCCAACUUGGCAUUCUCAGGACCAGUGCGCUGACUUGGCGGCAUUGCUGGCGCAAGGGGAAGAGAAUCAUGAGCUUGCGAGGCGAUUUGGCUCUGUAGCCAGUUCGCCCCCACAGCUGGAGCCAGAAGCUUUGCACGCCAGCUACACGGAGGACUUUGAUGCUGGUGCUCGCGACCGUUGGGAUGACGAUGCAGAGAACUGCUCGAUUUGUAGUGCAUUGUUGGGACGACGUCGAUUGCGGCCCCGGCACCACUGUCGCAUCUGUGGUCGCUGUGUUUGUGCAUCGUGUUCUCCAAACCUUGCGCUGAUGCCCGGCUCGGGUAGGGAGCUGCAACGUGCUUGCACUCCCUGCAUGGCCGUAGCUUACAAAGCCCCUGCGCUGAAAUCGCGCAUCUCUCAGCUAGGUGCAAGACUGCUUGGCUUGAGCAGUGCGAGCUCUUCUGCAAGAGCCGUUCCCAUAGGCAGCCUGGAUGCGAUGCUCGUUCUCUGCGAGGAUGCUAUUGGUCCUCUGGAAGGAAUGCAGACGCAACUCAUUGCUUCGCAAGCAGAG